UUUCAUAUGACUAGAAAGUUGGAACAACAACAUGAUAAUGCUCUUUCUACUCUUUGUAGCCUUUCCUUUCGUUCUUAUUUUCCUUCUUUCUAAAUCCAAGAAUGGUGGAAAAACCACACUGCCACCAGGUCCUAUAGGCUUACCAUUCAUUGGAAAUUUGCAUCAAUAUGAUACUUUAAACCCUCAUCUCUAUUUUUGGAAACUUUCCAAAAAAUAUGGGACAAUAUUCUCCUUAAAACUUGCUUCUGCUCAAAUGGUUGUAGUUUCUUCAGCAAAAUUAGCAAAAGAAGUAUUGAAAACACAAGAUUUAGUUUUUUGUAGUAGACCGUCUAUUCUUGGACAACAAAAAUUGUCUUACUAUGGUCGUGAUAUUGUUUUUGCACCUUACAAUGAUUAUUGGAGAGAAAUGAGAAAAAUUUGUGUUCUUCAUCUUUUUAGUCUAAAGAAAGUUCACUUGUUUACUCCAAUUCGUGAAGAUGAAGUUUUUAGAAUGAUUAAGAAAAUAUCAAAACAAGCUUCUACUUCACAAAUUACUAAUUUGAGUAAUUUAAUGAUUUCAUUAACUAGUACUAUUAUUUGUAGAGUUGCUUUUGGUGUUAGGUUUGAAGAAGAAGCACAUGAAAGGAAGAGAUUUGAUUUUCUUUUGGCUGAGGCACAAGAAAUGAUGGCUAGCUUCUCUGUCUCUGAUUUUUUUCCUUCUUUAAGUUGGAUUGAUAAAUUAAGUGGAUUUACAGAUAGACUUGAGAGGNUAUAUACCUGCUUACGCACAGCAGUCUACUUUAAGACGAAUGUGUUGGUUGCAGGAUCAGACACUAGUGCAGCUGCUACUGUUUGGGCAAUGACAGCCUUGAUAAAAAAUCCAAAAACCAUGAAAAAAGUUCAAUCAGAAAUCAGAAAAUCAAUAGGGAAGAAAGGAAUUGUAAAUGAAGAAGAUGUCCAAAACAUGCCUUAUCUCAAAGCAGUGAUAAAGGAAAUAUUUAGAUUGUAUCCACCAGUUCCACUUCUAGUUCCAAGAGAAUCAAUGGAAAAAACCAUAUUAGAAGGUUAUGAAAUUCGGCCAGGAACCAUAGUUCAUGUUAACGCUUGGGCUAUUGCGAGGGAUCCUGAAAUAUGGGAAAAUCCAGAAGAAUUUAUACCUGAGAGAUUCUUGAAUAGCAAUAUCGAUUACAAGGGUAAAGAUUUUGAGUUAAUUCCAUUUGGUGCAGGCAGAAGAGGUUGCCCAGGUAUUGCACUUGGGGUUGCAUCAAUGGAACUUGCAUUGUCAAAUCUUCUUUAUGCAUUUGAUUGGGAGUUACCUUUUGGAAUGAAAAAAGAAGACAUUGACACAAACGCCAGGCCUGGAAUUACCAUGCAUAAGAAAAACGAACUUUAUCUUAUCCCUAAAAAUUAUCUAUAGAUUAUAUUGAGACGUGGAUCUCAAUUUAGUUCUGUGAGGUCAGCUAAACUUAUUGUUUUUGGCUCGAAUGUGUCAAAGACGACCCUAUCUGUUGCGAAAAUAUUACUUUUAGUGGCGACCGAUUUCGCCGUCAAA